AUGCGCCCAAGAGAUGGCUCAAUGCUGGAGGUUGGGGCCGCGAGACAUGUAAUCGACGCUGUCCCAUUUUCGCUGUGGGACGCGCAAGACCGCGAAUUUCGCCCGCCAGAUGAAAGCCAGUGGGAGUGGCUGUUCGAGAAGUUCAACGCCCAAACCAUCAGUCUGCGUAGUUGGUACAUGUGGAUUGAAACCGACAAGCCCUCACAGUCGAUCCCCCUUACCAUUGCCUGCAAGCCCGUUAUGUUUGUUGGGACUGGCGCGCAAUUUGAUAUUGCGCUGGUGAAGCUGCACCCGGCAGCCUCGGCAAGAUUUACCAAUGAAUGCAACUUCCAGGCAAAACCGCCCCGGAGUUUGAGGCUGGGUGAUUUGAUGGAAGCGGGCUCGUGGAGUGAAGUCGACGGGAUGAGCUCAGGUUUGAUCAGUAUGAUCACCGUCGGUAGGUACUUCGAAAAGCCGCAACACUUCUCCAAUCAUUCACCGGUUCCUUUUGAGCGCUGGCGAUCAAGCUCCGUCAACACUGUCUUUGGCGCCAUCAACCCCACAAUUACAGAGGGAAUCCGUGGGGCAUCAAUCGUUGACAUUGAGAGCGGAGGUGUUGGAGGCUUGUUCCACCUCUUCAAUGGGUUGGAGUGCAUUAGCGCUCACCUCGACGAUUUGAUUGCUGAAGGCUGGGAAGUGGUGUAG